AUGUCUGCCUCUCCGCUCUCAGCUGGUGCCGACAUGGGCAACCAUUGGGAGCUCUCGUCUAGCGCCUCGUCGCCCCGAUCCGACACUUCGAGCAACACCAACAGCUUGUUCUCUUCGCCCGACUCGCCUACUGACACAGAGGUGUCGUUCCCGACCACUAAGAACGAAGACACAGAGAAGUCUUCCGGUCUUGCUCAGGCCCGUUUUGUCGUGACGCCAAGCUUUGCCAACUAUGUCUUGGUGGGCAACACUCCAUACGCCCCAAGCCAAGUGCAGGCGAUGCGCGAUGAACUUAUCCAAGCACGCAAGAGAGGAGAAUUCCCCACAACGACAUCUGCCGUCGAGGAUCCUCAGACCAUCGUUGAGGACUACCAGCAUCUCCAGCGCCUUCGCUCUGCACGGGGUGACCCUGCCAUCCAUCCUCCUCCCCAGCAGUACAACAUCAUCAAGGUCGACAUUGCUCGUCGCAUCAAGGCUCGUGACGAAGCUCACGGAGUCCCUGCCAACUUUCAAGAGGUGGAUCACCGAGUUCAAAACUGGAUGAGCUCAAUCAACAAGGAAGCGCGCAUGUUGGAGAUUACACAGGCGGCACUUCAGCGCAAGGGCAUCAACAACCCCACCCAAGACGACUUGGACGCCAUCGCCGAGGAGUUCAUGCAGAUUGCGGAGCGCACUCUUCUUGACGUCGCCAACCCUCUGCGCAUGAAUGCCACUCGCAUGGAGGGCAACAUGAGUCGUUUCGACAGCCAGCUUGAUGGACUGUCAUCUAUCAACGAUGCAGUGAACACUUCAAUGAGCGCCCAAGUUGAGACACUCAACACUGUUCUUACCAACCUCAACAAGUCCAUGAACACUUCCAUGAUCUCGCAACUCGCAACUCUCAACACCAUGCUCAACGCUCAAAGCAACAACUUCAACGGCUCUGUCGGCAUGCUCAACACAGCGCUCAACACCGUCAACACCGAUCUGCAUCAGAUCACCUCCACUCUUCCCGCAAUGAUUGCCGCGGCAGUCCAGGCUGCGGUCAAAGAGCAACUCUCUGCUAUCCCUCAUCAACGUUUCCACAGCAAGCAACACCAAUCCAACUAUGAUCUGCCACCCGGAUACGCUACAGCCACACGUAUGCAACAGUACCAAGCAAAUGAUGGACAGCUCUUUGGCGGUAGUGCAGAAGUCGUCGCUUCUGCAGUCCCAAUCUCGGGACAGGAAUAUGAGCAGUCUCUGCAUAUGAGCACGAAGCCCACGAAGUCCAGAUUCAGAAGAUUCUUGCGCGUCAUCACUGGAAGAGGUCAAUCGAAGAAGGAGAAGAGUUCCAAUUAA